UCUAGCGAAAAGAGAGUGCUGAUUUGCAGCACCCGGUGGGGUCGACCGCUGUCUCUCGGCCGCCUUCUUCGACCGUCGACUGUUAGGCCAGUAAUACUAGUUUUUUAAGAGGACAAAACGUAAUUAAAACCCCCUCUGUAUAUCUUUUUUAUAUUUCCUUCUUCGUCCAACAAAAUCAGUCAUCACUUUCUCGCACUUUCCAUCAGUUUCCUUUUCGCCAAUCAGCCAUGUCUUACCACCCCCGACCCAACUCGGGUUACACCCCUUCCGCCCCACCCAUGCCCAUGCCCAUGCCCGAGCCUCACGGGUCUGGCAGCCGCUACCCGGCUCCUCCCAACUACAACAACGCCCAGACGCCCAGUUACGGGUCGCCCGUGUACUCCGGUUUCCCGCCAGGGACCCACCCGGAGGUCAUUCGGAGCUUCGAGAUGGUGGACAAGGAUCGCAGCGGCUUCAUCGACGAGUCGGAGCUCCAACAGGCUCUCUCUUCGGGUUACCAGCGUUUCAGCCUUCGUACUAUCCGCUUGCUCUUGUUUCUCUUCAAGAACCCGAACGAUUCUCUCCGCCUUGGGCCAAAAGAGUUUGCUGCUUUGUGGAGUUGUCUUGGUCAAUGGCGGGCCAUUUUUGAAAGAUACGAUAGAGAUCGUAGUGGAAAGAUAGAUGCAUUUGAACUAAGGGAUGCUCUGUACAGUCUUGGAUAUGUAACUCCUCCUCCUGUUCUUCAAGUUCUCCUCUCAAGAUACGACGAUGGAAAUGGCAGCAGGAGGUUCGGGCUGAAUUUCGACAGUUUUAUUGAGUGUGGAAUGAUCGUGAAGGGCUUGACAGACAAGUUCAAGGAGAGGGACCCACGCUACACCGGUUCGGCAACGUUAACUUAUGACACAUUUAUGACCAUGGUCAUACCAUUUCUAGUUUCAUAGUAGUACUUGUUAGGUGAAAUAGAAAUACAACCAUAGUUGUUUUAUGCUAACCAUGUGUGUCAUUGCUCGUUCAUUUGUUCUAAGAACAAACUUUUAUGUUGGAGGCGCUUUGGAUUCUCUGUGUUGAUUCACCAUUGAUGAUUUA